AUGCCUUCUUCACCUCCGUACCGUCAUACUGAGCCGCCCGACUCCCCCGAGCACGACUCCGACUCUGACCUCGAGCUCGACAUCCAGGAGCUCGAUCCCAUCUCCACCGCGCCCACCCGAGGCUCCAAGCCCGAGCCUGCCGACAAGUCGCAAAAGACCUCGAGAAUCGCCCUCCGCAACCUGCGUAUGGGUGGGCUGCGCAGAGCGGGCAAGCGACAUCGUGCCUACGGGGAGCUUGGCCACGAUCGCGAUGCCGCCGACGAGGACGAUGACUCGCGCCGCCUCCUGGGCGACCAGGACGAUGCUCGAGGGGGCGAGGAUGGCGCGCCCCUCCUCGGUGGUCGCUCAAGGGACAAUCAAGGUCGCAGAAUGUCUCUCAGCUCUGUUCUAAGAGUGCCGAGCUUCAUGUCCGGGACGAGGCGGGGACCUGACGACGAGGAGCCCCCCGAGGAUGACGACCCCUCCUCUUCGCGGAUAGUCCCGGUCGGAUCCGUGCAACCAGUGCGAUAUCCCACAAACAUGGUCUCCAACGCCAAGUAUACCGCUUGGUCCUUUCUCCCUGUCACACUCUACAACGAGUUUUCUUUCUUCUUCAACAUGUAUUUCCUCCUCGUCGCCCUGUCACAGAUUAUUCCUGCGCUACGAAUCGGAUAUCUCACAACGUAUAUCGCGCCGCUGGCAUUUGUGCUCUGUAUCACCAUGGGCAAGGAAGCUUGGGACGAUAUCGAUCGACGUCGGCGAGACAACGAAGCUAACUCGGAGCAAUACACGGUCCUCAAAUUCGCGGACCCUGCGCCGGAACCGAGUCCACGACCGAAGAAAUUCCUUAGGUCCGAGACCAUGAAGCGCGGAUCUAAAAAGGGCCAAAGCGAAAGAACGGAAAGAGCUGGAUUGUCAGACAUACAGGAGGACCCCGAGCUGGAGGCCCGAAAACCUUCCUCAACAAUAAUAGAAAUGAGCCGAAAAUCCAAGGACCUUGCUGUCGGCGACGUCCUUCGUUUGACCAAAGGUCAACGUGUACCAGCGGACGUUGUCAUUUUGCAGUGCUCAAACAGCGAGACUUUGGGUACUGGCGACUCGGAUGAGCAGCAUGACCUUGGCGAUUUGGUAUCCUUAGAGGACGGAGCUGGACCGAACUCCAAGGGGAAACAGCCCGCGACGGAGAGACAUGAUACGGCAGCGGCCGUUGUCACCGUUGGUGAAACAUUCAUCAGAACAGAUCAGCUAGAUGGUGAGACGGAUUGGAAGCUUCGACUUGCGUCGCCUCUCACCCAAAAUACCCCCCUCGAGGAAUUGGUCCGCUUGAGAGUCAAUGGCGGAAAACCCGAUAAAAAGGUCAACGAAUUUCUUGGAACUGUGGAACUGCUACCGUCUCGUGAGGAGGCCACUCAACAGCAGGCGUCCCUCAGACAAGAAGAUGGAGCUGCCACGACUGCGGCGCUGUCUAUCGACAAUACUGCGUGGGCGAACACUGUUAUCGCUUCCCAAGGAAGCACUCUGGCAGUGAUCAUGUACACUGGACCCCAUACUCGAUCCGCUCUAUCCACAUCACCAUCUCGCUCAAAAACCGGACUUCUCGAAUACGAGAUCAACUCGCUUACAAAGAUUCUCUGUGCGCUGACGUUGGCUCUGUCCAUCGUGCUCGUCGCGCUGGAGGGCUUUGAAAACAGACCUGGAAAGCCAUGGUACAUCCAAAUCAUGCGCUUCCUGGUCUUGUUUUCCACCAUUGUGCCCAUUAGUCUGCGUGUCAACCUCGACAUGGGAAAGACUGCUUAUGGUCGCUUCAUCCAAAGGGAUCCUGGUAUUCCAGGGGCUGUUGUUCGUACGAGCACCAUCCCGGAAGACCUUGGCCGUAUUGAAUACCUUCUGAGUGAUAAAACGGGAACCUUGACGCAAAAUGACAUGGAGAUGAAGAAGAUCCACAUUGGCACUGUCUCUUACGCCAAUGAAGCCAUGGACGAGGUCAACUCGUACGUUCGCCAGGGUUUCUAUGUACAACCUACAACAGACCCUGCGACGCAAAGUAUGCUUAUUACUCCAUCCUCAACAUAUGUCAAUACCGUUGCGGUUGGUGCCACCCGAACAAGGAGAGAGAUUGGCACCAGGGUUCGUGACGUUGUCUUAGCUCUAGCACUCUGCCACAAUGUGACGCCCACUACUGAUGAAGAAGAUGGCAAGGAAGUCACGUCAUAUCAAGCUUCUUCUCCCGACGAGAUUGCCAUUGUCAAGUGGGCCGAGUCGGUUGGACUGAAGCUUGCUUCUCGUGACCGGAAAAGCAUGACGCUCGCUGCUACGACAACAGGCCGUCCCGUGGUGCGUGUCAGCAUCCUUGACGUGUUCCCAUUUACAUCGGAAGGAAAACGCAUGGGUAUUAUUGUCCAUUUCCAGGACGACCUCAACAACCCAAAUCGUGACCUCGGUACUGGCGAUAUUUGGUUCUACCAGAAAGGCGCAGAUACCGUCAUGAGCUCGAUCGUCGUCGCGAAUGACUGGCUCGAUGAAGAGACGGCCAACAUGGCGAGAGAGGGUCUGCGCACCUUGGUUGUGGGCAGGAAGAGGCUAUCGCACCAGCAGUACAAAGAAUUCUCCUCUAGGUACCACGAAGCGUCACUGGCGAUUCACAAUCGCGAUACUGGCAUGCAAGAGGUUGUCGCGCAGUACUUGGAGAACGAUCUUGAGCUUCUUGGCGUUACUGGUGUCGAAGACAAGCUGCAGCGCGAUAUUAAGCCGUCUCUCGAGCUCCUCCGCAACGCGGGCAUCAAGAUUUGGAUGCUGACGGGCGACAAGGUGGAAACUGCACGAUGUGUGGCGGUAAGCUCGAAGCUUGUUGCGCGAGGCCAGUACAUUUAUACUGUCGCCAAACUGAAGCGAAAGGAUAAUGCUCAAGAGCACCUCGACUUUUUGCGCAACAAAACAGACGCUUGUCUUUUGAUUGAUGGCGAGAGUCUAGCGCUCUUGCUGAACCACUUUCGUAUCGAGUUCAUCUCGGUGGCAGUCCGUCUCCCGACCGUCGUUGCAUGCCGAUGCAGCCCGACGCAAAAAGCCGAGAUUGCAACCCUCAUCAAGGAGUACACCAAGAAGCGCGUCUGCUGCAUCGGCGAUGGCGGCAAUGAUGUUUCCAUGAUACAGGCUGCCGAUGUCGGUGUCGGCAUCGUCGGCAAAGAAGGUCGACAGGCCAGUCUAGCAGCUGACUUUUCCAUUGAGCAGUUCUGUCAUCUAGUCAAGCUGCUCGUGUGGCACGGGCGCAACAGCUACAAGCGCAGCGCCAAGCUCGCGCAGUUUGUCAUUCACCGCGGUCUCAUCAUUGCCGUCUGCCAAACCAUGUACAGCAUCGCCCUCAAGUUUGAGCCCGAGGGCCUCUACAUUGACUGGCUCAUGGUCGGGUACGCCACCGUCUACACCGCCGCACCUGUGCUGUCCCUGGUCCUGGACAAGGACGUGGACGAGAACCUGGCCAACCUGUAUCCUGAGCUGUACAAAGAGCUCACCACCGGCCGGUCGCUCUCGUACCGCACGUUCUUCGUAUGGGUGUUUGUGUCUAUCUACCAGGGCGGCAUGAUCCAGGGCUUGUCGCAGAUCCUCACCGGUGUUGAAAACAAAAAGAUGACGGCGGUCAGCUACACGGUGCUGAUUCUGAAUGAGCUGCUGAUGGUGGCGAUUGAGAUUACCACGUGGCAUCCCAUCAUGAUUGUGAGCAUUCUGGGCACGUUUUUGAUGUACAUUGGAUCCAUGCCGUUCCUUGGCGGAUAUUUCAACCUGGAGUUUAUUAUUACAUGGGGAUUUGUUUGGCGUGUUCUGGCCAUCUUGUCUAUUUCACUUGUGCCCCCGUACGCGGCGAAGCUUAUUAGGAGAACGAUGAAACCGCCGUCGUACAGAAAGGUGCAGAGUCGAUAG